UUGAAACAUGCACAAGUCAUACCAACCACUGAAACCUGCAACGAACAAGUACCUGCAGAAAAAAUGGGACCAGACCAGAUAUGAGGAGCAUAGGAAUAAGCUGAGUACGGCCAGGCCCAUUGUGGACACUAAAGGCAUUAGAACACCUGCACAUGUUCAGCUGAAACUCAAGAAACUCCAGUUACAAGAUGAGAGGCUGGUCACCAUCGAGAGAGACAACCGUCUCCUGUCCUCCAAGCUGUCUGACAUUGUGCGAUCCAAAGGUCUGGUCGACCACAGGAACCAUUAUCCCGAGAGAAGUCUGAACGCUGAGAAGAGGAGGGAUGAGCUACUGCAGGUGACUAAUCAGAACCAGGCCAUCUACCAGCGAAUCACAGCCCGUGAAUCUGACUACCGUCGCCAGCUCUGGUUGGACGACUGGGAGAGGGUGGUGCGCAGACGUGAUGACAUCGCUCGUUACCCUCGUGCUGUCGCCAACAAACAGAAAUCCAAGCGGAGGGUGAAGUUUGCAGGCAGUGACUCGGGGCAAAGUGAGAAGUCUUCCGAAAGCAACAGCUACAGUGACACCAACACUGACCAGGAGGUGGAGGAGGAGGUGGAGAAGAAAACAGAAGAAGACAAAGAUACUCUAAAUGAAUGAUGAAGUGGAAAAAAACUAUUGAAAUAAGCAUUACUUUUAGUUUUAUUCAAAAGUCUGUGAUGUUGUAUUCUUUCAUGCCAUCAAUUCCUGUUUUAAUAAAGAGGUGCUAUGG